UUUCCAAGGUGUCUAGGCAGCUGAUGUUGAUAGAGGCAGAAAAGCAGAGUUUGCAGGAAGAGCUGGAAGAGAGCAGGAGAGAGGCGUUAAAAAACGGGAGAGAGGUACAAGUUCUGCAAGCCCGCCUGAAGGAUGCCAUCACCUGGGACGAACACUGUGGCAUUGCUGGGAAACUCAGACGACAACUGGAGCAGCAGGAGAGUAAGAAUAAGAGUGAGAUGGACGACUUUCUUAUCAGAUUGUCCAGUCUGCAAGAGGAGAAUAGGAGUCUGGCUGUGGACAAAGCCAAUCUGACUGCUGAUGUAAAGAGAAUGGAGGCAGAGCAGGAGCUCACCAAGCAAGCUAACAGGAAGGCUGAGAGGAAGAUGAGUGUAUUGAACAGACAGAAGGAAGAGUGUGUGGUGAAAGAGGAAAGGACUCGGCAUUACAUGGGAGCUGUCAUUUCUGUGGCCGAGCACAUUUCCCAGGAGAGAGACCAACUCAUAAAGAUGGCUUCGCUUCUUCAGCAGGAAAAACAGGGAUUCGUCAGCAGGAUUCUAAAAGGCACCGUUCGAUUCGGGAAACUACAGGAAGAAGUCAAAGUGUACCGGAGCCAAGCGUCAACCAGGCUGGCAGGGUUGGAGGAGGCAGCGGAGGGGAGGACAGCUUCCUACCAGAGGGAGAUCCUUCACCUGCAGAGGCUGCUGAGAGAAAGGCAGGACGCUGAGGAGAGACUGCUGCAGUCCAAACGGGAAAUAGAGGAAGAGUUGGAGGUGGUGUGGCAGGCAGCGACCCGGGAGAACCAGCAGAUCAGGGACACUCUUUUGGACUUGAGGCCCUCUGUAGACCUCUCCAGUAUUGCCUGGCCUUCUCCAGCUCAGGAUGAAGCCAACACAUCCGUCCGACGACAGGAGCAAAGCUCCUCACCUGUCCUCUUCACCUCACAUGAAAGCCCCGGGCUGCAGAGAAGGUCCAUAUUUAAAUCUGACUCUGGUCACCAAAACAUCUCCUUGGACGAAAAACAUAAACAUGGGCUGGAUUUCUAUUGCUAAAAGUCAUAAACAAUAGGUGUUCACUCAUAUUGGCAGCAUAUACUUUAUUAGUUAAAGUCCUGAAUGUGUCAAUGUAGAGACUUCUGCUUUUAUUUCGUAGAUAUUAUCUCAGACUUGCUUUAAACAAACCAUUGUAAGACAAGCAUAAUGAAACAGCUUACUUUAUAUAACUGCUCAAUUUUGAGUAUGUGGCCAAAUAUACCUGACAUCAGUCUAAGUCAGAAAGACUGCCAUUUUAUAAAGGUUUUUAAUCUAUUGCUCUUUUUAAAUUUGCCUCAGGGGUUAUAGACCAUGCCACAUAUAAUAGAUGAAGUUUACCCAGGAGUGGAACAAGUUGCAUAAUUCUGCUUGAUAAAGGCAUAGGCAAUGUUGCCUCCUACUAGGCACAUCUGGUAAUAGAUUCUCAUUGUCACAGUGUGACAUGGUACCGAACAGGCAGCAAUGGAAAAGCUACAGGUACAUUAGUAUGUUCAAAAUGAGUCAUUUGGAGGAUAUACUGUUGAUUGUGCUUUAGGGAAUUUCCAUGUUUAAAAAACUGUUAUUAUAAAAUAAAAGGGAGAACAAGUGUUAGAAUAAAUGUUUAUGCACAAAGAAAAGCACAUCUUUAAAUACAUGAUUGGGUUUAUUUUCAUGUUAUAACUGAUUUUUUUCAACAAUCAGAUAUAUUAUGGCAAAUUUUGCUGAAUUAACUACCUGAUUUGCAAUUAAAUCUGCUUCAAACAUAGUGAAAAGGGAACAAAGUGUCAUUCAAUGGGACAGAUUGUAUACAAUUAAUUGUUUUUCUCACUUUUAAGUAGUUGUGAAACCAGUGGGCUUUUAUCGUUGGGAGUGCUCCUUUUCAAAUACAUACGUAACACUAGCCAUCAAUUAAGAACGUGUCAUGACGCAUAACCGUUUUCCAGCAGGAUGACACAGAGACCACGAGGCAGAGUACUGUCUGCGUAGAUCUACCACAGAUCCCUGCUGACUGACACAGAGCAGCGUGACGGCGGUACAGUGGCUCACACACGUAUGAAAGCUGUUAAAGGAUGAGGAAUAUUUGUAAUAGCUGGUGUAAUGGCAGACUGUGCACCCCCCUACCAAUCAAAACAUCCUAAAUAUUGCAUUGAGCCUUAGGCUAAUAGUGAUGGGAAUUACGGCUCUUUGAAGGGAGCCGGAUGUUAUGGCUCCGUUCCUUUCCGAGAGCCGUUCAAAAGAGCUUGGUUUUUUUUUUUAAAGGGGGGGUUAAUAGGUUUAUCUGCGAAAUAAUCACCAGGAUAAUGAUUGACUAUUGCCAGAAAUCUACUUUUACUCACAGAAAAUGUUUAACUUGCUACAUCUCUCAGGCAGCCAAACUACUACUCAAGCAGUAUGCGUUAUGCCAUGAUCUAUGGCACAUUUGCAUUCAGGAAAGCAAGUUCCCGUAAAGACGAGUGGAUUUAUGGCAGGCAGUGAAACAUCGAUAAAAAGAACAUAGGGCUCGGUUCCCUUCGUUCGUACCAAAGAGCCGUUCAAAAGAAUCGGAUCGUUCGUGAACGUCACAUCAGUAUAGGCUAAAUAUAAUCAGCAAUUAACAUUUGUACAUAUGCUUUAAUCAUCAGCAAAUAAUGGUUACAUUUGAAGAGACAGCUUUGUAUCUGCUCUCUAAACAUUUACAAAGUUGUGAAUGAAUAAUAUAAGUUUCCAAAAAAACACCAGAAAAACAAUCACACAUUGCGACAAAACAUGAUCUUUGAAUCAUCCUUGUUACACAUCUUAAAAUUCACCAGAUUGAGAAGGUUUUGGCAUUAAUUCACCAAACAACACAGAUUCAUACCAUGAUAGAAUGAAGGUAAAUAUUUGAACACUUAAAAGUCUUACUGGCAGCUGCUAAGGACCAAAAACUCUUGCCAAAAGAAACGGAGAAUCCCCGUUUACAAACUGGUGGUUCUGGGUGCUGUGAUUGUUUCAUAGUGGUUAAAAUCAGAACUGAAGGCAAUGCCAUAUGCUCUUGAUUUCACCACCUUCAAAUUGAAGAGCUCCUAAUUGAUGGCUGAAUUCCAAACUGACCCCUUCACCCUCCCAAGACAAGCUUUUGGACAAACUCCCCUGUCCCCUCUCUUCGACAGGAACAGGAAAUGUCUUACAUUUUCAUAACAACGGUUUUAAGUCAGCAUAUUUCGGACAAAAAAUCAAUAAAAAU